CGCAACCCUCAGAGUCUGAGAAUUCACAAAACCAAAACAUCACAAGCUAAAGAACAAGAACAAGAACAAAAAUGGCAAAGGUUUCUCAGGCUCUCCUCAUUGCUGCCGUCUGCUUCUUUGGCCUUCUUGGCUUCGCUUACUGCCAUGAAGACUUCGAAGUUGUGGGGAAGGUGUACUGUGACACCUGCCGUGCCUUGUUCGAAACCGAGGCGAGCAUAUUCAUGAAAGGUGCACCCGUAAAACUCGAAUGCCGGAACCGUGACACCGGCAACAUCACCUACACCGUAGAAGGAGUCUGUGAUGAGAGCGGGUCGUACCGGCUCAUAGGGAAAGGCGAGCAUGCAGAGGAUAUCUGUGAGGUGACAGCCCUGAAUAGCACUGUCCCUGACUGUGAUGAACGUGCUCCUGGCCGUGACCAUGCUCGUAUUGUCCUCACAGACAACAAUGGUAUUGUCUCCAACACACGCUACGCCAAUUCUUUGGGAUUCUUGAAGAAGGAACCUCUUGAAAUCUGCCCCGAAGUUCUCCAGAAGGCCGGUCUCAUCCCCAGCAUCACCAUCGGCCAAUGAGUUUAUUGUCCCUGAAUUAAACAAUUAAGCUUCU